CUCUUGCCUUUUCCUUCCUUACCGUUGGCCUCACUUCACCUCCCACCCCCCCAACUUUUGCUUCUUCCCCUCAACUUUGCCGUUGGUACACUUUUUUCACUCUUUCAAAAAGUGUUUCCCUCGGCUGUCACUCUUUUACUACCUUGUCUAUACGCACCCCCGGUGAUACGUACAUACUCUCCCUCCUACCAACACCAACCCGCUUAUCUUGCAGUCGAUCUGCUUAUUGCCCACUCAAAACACACUCUGUGCUUUGAGUUCCUGCCUGGUCCAUCGGUCAAAUAACUUCCCGGAGAAGUCGUUGCUUGCAGACGGACACAGUUGAUCUGUGAAACACAUCUCAAUUCCAUAACAUUGAAAACAUCAUCAACCAUCCAACAUGCGUUACUCCCUCGCUCUGAGCGCCCUCUGCGCCGCCGGUGCCUUGGCCACCAACAUCGACAAGCGUGCCUACGUCACUGACUGGACUGUCGUGACUCUGACCACCACCAUCACCGAGUACCCGGCUGCCGCCGCUACCACUACCGCCGCUGCAACCACCACUGCGGUUACCAGCGCUGAGCCUGUCGUCCAGGUCGCCGAAGUCGCUGACGUUGCUGACGAAGCCUCUACCGUUGCUGCCGUUGCUGCCGCCGAGACCAGCUCUACCGUCGCCCCCGUCGUUGAGUCGACCUCGACCUCUUCGACCAGCACUAUCGAAGUUGCGACGACUGCAGCUGCGACCACCGAGGCUGCGACCACCGCGGCCCCUACCACAGAGGUAGUUGCCACCACCCCUGUUGUGCAAGAGGCUGCCGCCAAUGGUGAUUGGACCACUGCUUGGACCUCUUACUGGACCUCGUCCUGGACAUCUUCCGCCGAGCCCACCACCCUUACCACCUCGAGCUCAACCUCCACCACUGCAAGCAGCACCGCGACUGCCAGCACCGCUUACCAGUCUGCCGUUUUGUACAACCACAACAUCCACCGCAGCAACCACUCUGCUAGCUCUCUCGACUGGGACUCUAGCCUGGAAUCCAGCGCCUACGCGUUGGCUGCCAAGUGUGUCUAUGAGCACGAUACUACCAUUGACGGCGGUGGCUAUGGCCAGAACAUCGGCUACGGUGUUGAGGCCAGCGCUAUCGGCGAGAUGAUCACCAACCUGAUGUACAACGACGAGAUGGGCUACUAUGCCGACCUGUACGGAGAGGCUGACCCCGACAUGACCUACUUCGACAACUGGGGCCACUUCUCCCAGAUUGUCUGGAAGGCCACCACCAAGGUUGGAUGCGCUACUGUUACCUGCUCCAGCCUCGGCAAUGUUGAUGCUGCUGAAGCUCUGCCUUUCACUGUGUGCAAUUACAGCCCUGCUGGUAACUAUGCCGGUGAAUAUGGCACCAACGUCGGCAAGCCCCUAGGCAACGCCAUGUACGUUGCUUCUUAAGGAAUGA